AUGCUCUCCGAUAAAGAACUAUACGACUUGAACAAAAAGGCUGUAAGCCAGGGCUUCAACAUCAAACCUAGACUCAACUACAACACUGUUGGCGGUGUCAACGGUCCACUGGUGAUUCUAGAAAAGGUGAAGUUUCCCCGCUACAACGAAAUUGUCAACUUGACUCUGCCAGAUGGCUCGACGAGACAAGGUCAGGUCUUGGAAGUCAGAGGUGACCGGGCAAUCGUUCAAGUGUUUGAAGGUACUUCGGGUAUUGAUGUGAAGAAGACCACUGUGGAAUUCACCGGAGAAAACUUGCGUAUCCCGGUUUCUGAAGACACCUUGGGUCGUAUCUUCGACGGGUCCGGAAGACCGAUCGACAACGGUCCAAAAGUAUUUGCUGAGGACUACUUGGACAUCAAUGGUUCGCCCAUCAAUCCCUACGCUCGUAUUUACCCUGAGGAAAUGAUCUCGACCGGUGUUUCCGCUAUCGAUACCAUGAACUCCAUUGCACGUGGUCAGAAGAUUCCCAUCUUUUCGGCAUCGGGUCUCCCCCACAACGAGAUUGCCGCUCAAAUUUGUAGACAAGCCGGUCUUGUUAGACCCACUAAGGAUGUUCACGAUGGUCACGAGGACAAUUUCUCUAUUGUCUUCGCCGCUAUGGGUGUUAACUUGGAAACCGCAAGAUUCUUCAAACAGGAUUUCGAAGAAAAUGGGUCUCUAGAAAGAACUUCUUUGUUUUUGAACUUGGCUAAUGAUCCAACCAUUGAGAGAAUCAUUACUCCUAGAUUGGCUUUAACUACUGCUGAAUACUUGGCUUACCAGACCGAGCGUCACGUUUUGACCAUCUUGACCGAUAUGUCUUCGUAUGCCGAUGCUCUGAGAGAAGUGUCUGCCGCCAGAGAAGAAGUGCCAGGUAGAAGAGGUUACCCCGGUUACAUGUACACCGAUUUGUCCACGAUCUAUGAAAGAGCAGGUAGAGUUGAGGGCCGUAAUGGUUCGAUCACUCAAAUUCCUAUCUUGACCAUGCCUAACGAUGAUAUUACGCAUCCAAUUCCCGAUUUGACUGGUUAUAUUACCGAAGGUCAAAUUUCUGUUGAUCGCCAAUUGCACAACAAGGGUAUUUACCCUCCUAUCAAUGUCCUACCAUCGCUUUCCAGAUUAAUGAAGUCCGCCAUUGGUGAAGGUAUGACGAGAAAGGAUCACGGUGACGUGUCCAACCAACUUUACGCAAAAUACGCUAUUGGUAGAGAUGCCGCUGCCAUGAAGGCUGUCGUUGGUGAAGAAGCUUUGUCGAUCGAGGACAAACUGUCCCUAGAGUUUUUGGAGAAGUUCGAGAAAACCUUCAUCGCGCAAGGCGCUUAUGACAACAGAACAAUCUUCGAUAGUUUGGACCAAGCCUGGUCUUUGCUAAGAAUUUAUCCAAAAGAAAUGUUGAACAGAAUUUCGCCAAAAAUUUUGGACGAAUUUUAUGAUAGAUCUAGAGACGAAGAGGAGGAAGCUGAAGAAAAUGAAGAUCCAGACAAAAAGCCUCAGGAAGACUCUUUGAUUUGA